AUGGAAGCAUACAUGGCCCGCAUCGCCCAAUUCUCCACCUACCCCAAGCUCUCCUCCCGCAUUCGCUUCGGCCUGCAAGACAUUCUGGAGCUCCGGGCGAACAAGUGGCAGGCCAGGAGGAAGGUCGAGGGGCCGAAGAAGAUCGAUCAGGUGCAUAGGGACGCUAGGGACGAACGGUCCAAUGCCGUCGCGACAGCUGGCAGGCAGAUAUUGGAGCGCGGGGGCGGGGGGAGUAGGGGCCCGGGCGGCGGCAUGCGCAGCGGGCGGCGGCCGGAGUAUGGCAUGGAGCCGCCCGGGCGGCCGGGUUUGGCUGGGUCUGGGUCGAUGAGGGGCGGCCCGGGGUUGAUUGGGGGGCAAGGGGGGCCGGGGGGAGGGAUGUAUGGGCGGGGGCCAGUGUAUGGGCACCCUGGGGGGAUGGGGGGGGGAAGAGGGGGAGGCCCUGGCGGGUAUGAGGGGAGGGGGGGGAUGGAGGAUAUGGGUCGGCCCAUGCCCCUCCCCCAGAGGAACAUGGAGGAGGGGGAAUUGAAGCUGGGGCCGCAUGGGGGACUGGGGAGACCUGUGGGCGGAGGGCCAGGGGGAGGCAUGGGCGGGGGGAUGAGGGGGGGACCUGGGGGACCUAUGGGGGGACCCAUGGGGGGGCUUAUGGGGGGCCCAGGACGCGGGGGACCUGAAGGGGCAAGAGAGGGAGCAGGCGGAGCAGGAGGAGGAGCAGGAGGAGGAGGAGGAGCAGGAGGAGGAGGAGCAGGGGCAGGGGCUGCAGCAGGCACAGGAGCAGGAGCAGGAGCAGCAGGGGGGCCAGGAGGGGGAGCAGGAGGUGCAAAGGCGGGGGCGGGGAUGGAUGAAGAGAGCGCAGUGGCAAAGGCCAACAGUGCAUUGGAAGAAUUUCUCAGUGCCCGUGAUUUCAAGGAGGUCUGUCUGUGCAUCGAGGAGCUACAGGCGCCGCAGCAUCACGGGGCGGUAGUGGCGGGGUGGGUGGCGGCGGGACUCGAUAAGAAGGAGGCGCAGAGGCAGCAGGUGGAGGACCUGGUCGUGCGGCUGUGCUGCGAGCCCAAGCCGCCACUCUUCACAAGUGACCAGAUCCAACAAGGUCUGGUGAGAGUCUUCCAGGAGCUCGAGGAUUGGUCAGUUGACGCCCCCAAGGCCCCGCAGCACGUGGGCCGCCUGAUUGGCCGGCUCGUGGCAGCCGGCGCCAUCCCACUGGCCGACGUGGCCCGGCUGGUGAAAUCAGGCGGUGCAGAGGAGGGGAGUCUGGUGGAGAUGGGUGAGGGGAUGAAGGUGAUGGCAGCGGUGGUGGGUGCAGUGAGGGCGGAGAAGGGGGAGAAGGAGGCCGGGGAGAUGGUGCGGGCGGCAGGGAUUGAGGGGCCGGAAGAGUUUAUGGAGGAGAGGGCGAGAGGGUGGAAGGAGAAGGUUGAGGAGGCGCGGAAGGCUCUGGGGCUGGCAGGUGCUACGGAUCCGCUGCAAGCAGUGGCAGAGCACCUGAAAGACGCUUUUGCGAAGGGAGAAUCAGCAGAGGCUGUGCUUAAAUGGCUUCAGGCCAACACUCCACCUGACACCCCAACGCAGCCAGCUCUCCUGCGCCUGCUCAUGCGCUCGCUGCUGCAGCAGUGCAUUGGUGCCAGCAGACAAGACUUCAAGAAGCUUCUGGCAGGGCCAGUAAAGAAGUAUGCCAAGGUCUUCCAUGAGUAUGCAGCAAAGAAGCAAAAACCCAACCAAGUUCAAUAUCUUUUCGGAGCUCAAGAGUAUGCAGAGUCGUGUGGGCACCCAGCGGGCCUGCUAGAUGCGGUCUUCAGAACACUCUACGACCUCGAUGUGGUGGAGGAGCUUAUGAUCUUCAGGUGGCAAGACGACAACAAGGACCCAACGCCUGGCAAGCAAAAGGCAUACUUGGAUGUGCGCCAUUUUCUUACUUGGCUAAGCACAGCACAGGAGGAGGGCACAGAGGAAAAUGGAGGUAGUGGUGAUGAGAAGGCUUAA